GCCGCGGGCUGCGGGCAGGUGGCGGCGCGGCGCGGGCCGGCGGCGGCGGCGGCUCCAGGGCCUCUCCUCACUUUGUGCCUUCUGCAUGGAACAUGUCACCUGGUUGGCUGCGGGCUCCCGAACAAACUCAGAGACAAUGUUUUGAGUGUUCUUCUCCGUUUUGGAUGUUCUUAGUCCCCAUGGAUCCACACCCAUAACUAUGGCCACGCGGGUCGAGGUCGGCUCCAUAACUUCUCUGACAGGAGUCCCUGGCCUUGGGGAGAUCACCCAGGAGGAGACCCUGAAGCGGACCUACUUCCGCCAGGCUGCCGACACCUCCGGGGCCCCCUCAGCACGGCUCUUGGAAGGAAAAAGUCCCCUUAGGAGCCCGACCCGCUUACUCCCUCUGCCGAGACUCGCCCCCAAACCCUUCUUCAAGGAGAAAGCCCCGGACGUGAAAUCCUCCCCUGUGUCCUUGCGGCCCAGCCCAACCAGGCCUUCUCCUUCCAGUGGGCCACCCCAGGACGUGGUGGCAAAGGAUCAGGGUGACAGGAUGCCCAGCUUGGUGGGGCAGGAGGCGGGGAGUGGGGAGAGCCUGAGGAGAAGCUCGUCUCUGUUCAACAAGGCCGCAUUUUUGCGGCCCAGCCCCAACACCAUGAUUCUCUUUGAAACCACCAAAGCUGGCCCUGCUCUGGGGAAGGGAGUCAGUGAGGGGACUCAAGAGGCCAACGCAGGCGUGUCUCAGGAGUCCCCUUCGGUCUCCCGGCCUGAGGUGGCCACCAAGCCCACCCUGCCCACCCGAAAGCCUGGGGGGACCCUUCCCCGACCGGCGUCCCUAACGCAGGACAGAAGGCAAACUGCCACCCAAGAGGAGACAGGCCCCAAAGAGCUUCUCUCAAAGGCCAGCAGUGUGGAGGACACGGGGGACCCCACAGGGCAGCCUAGGCCUCGCUUAAAAAGAAGGCCUGUGUCAGCCAUUUUCAUAGAAGCCAUUCAGCCUCAGAAGCCAGGCCCAGGUGGACCAGCUACGAUGGGAAGAGCGCCCCCUACCCCUCCUGAGAAGUCGUGGGUGAGGAGGCCGCGGCCUCUGUCCAUGGACCUCACGGCCCCAUUUGAGAGCAGAGAGGCUCUGCUGAAGAAGGUGGCUGACGAGGCUACAGCAGGUCCCACCGCCCAGCGUCGGGGGCCCGAGAGGUCCGAUCCGGAGCCCCGAGUGGAUGGGGAGUGCUUGGUCAAAGCAGAGGCUCCCCUUCCUGACCCAGAUUCCGACUUCCUGGAGGUGGCCAAGAUGAGCCGAAAACGGAGGGAAAAGUUGCUUUCUAAGCAGGUGGAACCGGGCAGCCUCAGAACUGCUGGGGGUUCAGCCAAGGGAACCCCCACAGAUGACCAGAAGCUUGGGGAAGAGAAAGCUAAGCUGGGCGGGGAGCCAGAGAAGGCACCCGAGUCCCCUUCGCCCAGGCUGGGAAAAGGCCAAGAAAUUGCUGAGGUCAAGAGCCGAGCAUCUAAUGGGGAAAUCCGGACCCGGGCAGAGUGGACAUCCAGGGGCAGCGUCAAGAAGCGCCUCAGCCUGUUUGGGGAGGAGAGCACCUCGGCCUUGGGAGUGGGGUCUGAACCUCCACUGGCCACCGCUGUGCCAGAGACGGAAAAAGCAGGUGUGAGCGUCCAGGAGCGGAUCAAAGGCUGGGCCACAGAGAAGCCCGAGGCCAAACCGGAGGUCAGGAGGAAGGUGGGCUCAGCGCGGCCCCUGUCAGCAGAUCUGACCAAACUGUUUUCAAGUUCAAGCAAUGGAGUCAACUAUGAGAAGUGUUCCGAGCUGAGUGGCGAGCCUGCUAAGGAACUGAGAGAAAAGCAAAAAGAAGAGCCUGGUUUGGACGGAGGAUCUGCUCCAAGAAGCCCCUGGAAGCCCGGGACACUCCGGGAGAAAUGCAGGCAGACAGAGCGGAAAAACAGUUCUCACGGAGUCCCCGACAGCUGUCGCAGUGAGAGCUUGGUGGGGGCCCUGAGGUCGUCCGACAGCACUCCAGAAGACGACGGAAGCUUUCAGACUGUGAGGGCCACCGUGUUUGAGCAUCACGUGGAGAGACACACUGUGGCUGACCAGUCAGGACACUGUCCCUCGGCCACAUCCCCUGCUGAUUUGACCCACAUCUCAGAGCUCAAACCCAGGCCCGAGAGAGGCUCGAGGCUGGGGAAAGACACGCCAGAAAAGACAAUCCUCAAGAAAGAGAACUCCAGGUGGUUUGAAAACCUUGACACAGAGAAAUUGGGACAGACUCCCCUCUUGAAUGGUGACCCCAAACAGUAUCACAUGCCUCUCUUGGAAAAAUACCCUCUGGGUGAAAAACGCAAUAAAAACCCCUUACUGAAGAGCUUGGAAAACCAUCCCACGUCACAGAGGGUUGAGCCCAAGUACGACAUUGUGCACACGGUGGGGGAGCGUGCACAUAGUGAGGCCGUCCCCACAGUGUCUGAGGAAAAAGCUGUGACGCUCCGAAGUGGCAAGUCCCGACUCUCGCUGAAGGGGAGGCAGCUGUCCCCUGAGGUCACCCCUGCUGACCCAGAGGGUAGGCUGGACAGUCAGGCGGGGUCCGUCCAAAGGGCCAGUUUGAUUUGGGAAGCUCGGGGGAUGCAGCAGGUCAGUGGGUCCAAGACUGACUUCCGAGAGCCAAAGGACACAUUUGGGGGCAAUUGCCUGUCGCCCAAGUGGACAGGUGGGGUGUCUGGGAACUGGCAUAAAGCCACUGUGGUGGUCAGUGACGAGAAAGGCUUGGAGGUGGCUUCUGAGGUCACCAGUGAGCACUCGGCCAGGCCCUGCGGCCCUGAGGUCACCUGUACGAGGACCGUCCAGGCAGCUGCCAGGGAGCCGCAGCACCAGGGGACUGAAGGGUCUGGGAAGAAGCCAGGAGGUUGCAUUUCAGCGGGAGAAAGGAGUCCCCCCCAGGGCUGCCCUCGGGACCCGCCUUCCAGAACGAAGGAUGAGACCUCUGACUUCCGCGCACGGCCACGUCCUGAUGGGCUUGUGCAGAAAGGAUCCCUUGUUGUGACAGCCAGUGAGGGCGAACUGAGGCCAGCCGAGGCCCGGGAGCCUGAAGCCAGGAUGCGGAAGGUGAGUCCCACGGACCAGAGACUCGAGAAGUGGAGGCGACGGACUUUACCUCAUGACGUGAAGUUUGAUGAGUUCAGCUUCCUGUCUCCAGAACACUCUUCAAAGGUGGAGCAGAGAUGCACGGAUUAUCUGAGCCCCACCACUGGUGCCUUAAGGAAACCUCAGCUAUCCCAUAAUAGGGUAGAGGCCCAGGAGGGGCACCCAGGUGUUUCACAGGACCCAGCUCUAACAGGAGUCAAGCAAGGGUCAUCUGUAGAACCCAAGGCGACAUUUUUUGCAGUGACGUAUCAGAUUCCUGAUACUCAAAAAGCAAAGAGUGUUGUUAAGUCGGGGCCCCAACACUUGACGGAGCAUUCUAGAAAAAGAGCUCCACCUCCAUCUCCUCAUCCUUUAACAUCUACCUUGAUUUCUCUUAACCCUGAAGAGCUGCCGGAGACCAUGGGCAAUAAAAUCUGGGCUCAGGGCAGAGAGCGUGACAGUACGAGCUUUUCAAAAACUCCAAAGCCAUCUGAUGCCCCAUCACCUCUUGGGGAUCGGACUCUAGAUCUUUCUACUGAAAGAAUCAUCGAUGCCGAUGUUGUAUGGAUUCGUCGGCGACCAGAAGAUGGCACUGGCUUUCAGAAUGAUUGGAAGGAGAGUGGGAACAAGACAUCGCCCAGCAGCGCUCCCCAAAUGACCCCGACUUUUAAAAGUCACCCGAAAGCCAGUGAUGUGCUGGUCAGAAGGAAGACUGAGAUGGUCGGCGAGACAGUCCCAGGGAAAGUCAAAGAUGUCUACAGAUCCAGUGUCCUUGACAUUGAUGCUCUUAUGGCUGAGUACAAGAAGCAGGAGGCUCAGGAGCUGAUGGAGGGUCCGCCGGCAGAGCCCAGCAGCUCGUCUCAGGAGAGGCCAGGCCAGCAAGGCGGGGUGGAGCGGAGGAGGAGGAGCCUGAAGGAAGGGCCUGAAGCCGAGGGUCUCCGGAAACCAGCCGGUAUUGCUGAAACGAACCCCAGUUCUCGUCCUGGCUCAGGCAAGCAGCCACUAGAGACCCCGGGGGCAGCCACGAACACCAAACUCAGCCCUCCUCUGUGGGCUCUGCCACACUCGGUUCCUUCUGAAAAAUAUCAAGGGACCUCUUCUGGUUCUGGGGGUUCCAGGAAGAAAAUCUCAGAAAUCACUGAGGAUGAAACAAAGGCCUUUGCUGGUAAACGUCACAGUGUAAAGGAUCAGAAUUACUCGACUGAGUCAAAGCCCACCACCUGGGAGGGUCCGGGCAGUGGAGCCAGCGCGUUGCCCAAAUCCUCCUCAGUGGACCAGAAGAAAGGGACUCCAAGGAAAUCCAUCAGGAAAGAAGAAGAGGGCCGUGUGGCUCAGUGGGGUGACCACCCACGAGACUGUGGAAGGUCACCACUGGAUGUCAAGAGGGCCUAUUCAGAGAAGGGCCCUCCUGCCAAAAUCCGAGAGGGCCUGUCCAUCAUGCAGGAAGCCAGAGAGAGGAGACAAGAGCAGCCCAAAGGGAGGUCCAGUCUCCCCAGGGAGAGUUCGGAGGCCGAGGAGACCAAAAUGGGACCCUGUCGCCGGGAGUCAGGGACUCGAGAUAGUCGGAAGGUGCUGUCCUGGGACCCGGGGAGGGAGGACGCCCUCCAGGAUAAUGAGCAGCCGCUCCGGCAGGUGUCACCUGUGGCCUUGGGCCCCCGGAGAAGCCACAGCUUCUGCAAGGACAAGAGGAGCGGAGCCUUUGUGGACCAGCUGAAACAGUGUUUCACCAGGCGGCCCCCCGAGGCCAAGGACACCGAUACCCUUGUGCAGGAAGCCGACAGCCAGUAUGGGACGUGGACGGACCAGCGCCAGAGUGGGGAGAGCUUGGCUCCUGAGUCACCGUCCCCAGACAGCAGUGCCACAUCAGCUCGGAAACAGCCCUCCAGCAGCCGCCUGUCCUCGCUGUCCUCCCAAACGGAGGCCACCUCGGCUGGGGACCAGCACGACUGCUCCAGGGACCAGCGGAGCACGAGCGUGGACCGCUCCAGCACCGAUCUCGAGUCCACCGAUGGGACGGAAGGGCCGCCCCCGCCGGACACCUGCUCUACAAAGAGAGUGGACGACUUCUCCUUCAUCGAUCAAACCUCAGUCCUCGACUCAAGUGCCCUCAAGACCCGGGUGCAGCUUAGCAAGCGAAGCCGACGCCGGGCUCCCAUCUCCCACUCCCUCCGGCGGAGCCGAGUCAGUGAGUCGGACAGCAGGUCUCCUCUAGAGGAGGAGGUCGACAGCACGUGGAUGUUCAAGGACUCAACAGAAGAGAAAUCCCCCAGGAGGGAAGAGUCAGAUGAGGAGGAGAAGCCCUCCAGGACCGACAGGACACCUGUCAGCCACCCCCAGAGGAUGCCCGUGUUUCCCGGUGUGGACCCGGCCGUGCUGAAGGCUCAGCUGCACAAGAGGCCAGAGGCGGACAGUCCCAGCGAGACCCCCGGCUGGGCCCCACAGCCCAAGACCCCCAAGUCCCCCUUCCAGCUGGGGAGUCGCGUGCUGCCCUCCAGUGUGGAGAAGGAUGAGAGAUCAGAAGAGCCCUCCCCCCAGUGGCUAAAGGAACUGAAAUCUAAGAAGAGGCAAAGCCUGUAUGAGAAUCAAGCUUGACCAGGGGACACUGCCACAUCUAAUGAACAGAAGAAGCCUUAACUGUCAGAAUCCUAAGACAAGGGCACGCUGCUGCCAUUCCUUCCUGCGCAAUCGUUGCCCGCCUGAGCCCUUCUGGUCGGGUGGAGAAUGCUGUCCAGGGCCCCUCGUCCCCCUGCAGGCUCUCCCCGGAUCGAGGCGGAAAAGCUUACCCUCCUCAAGCACUUGCACAUCUCCCCAGAUAGCACUUUAGGCUGGGAAAGAUGCCAGGCUGCCCCGAAAUGUCCAUGCUGGCGGUUUUGUUUUUUUAUGUAAAAAUGUGCAUUUCUGCCCACUGCAGAUGCCUGCAGCAGCUCCAGAGACACAUACGCGUGUUUGAGACUGGACCAUCUCCCUAGGUUCUGGAAAACACCUGACUUGUGAAAGCACGUCUUCCCCCAACCCCUGGGCAGGUCUUUUUCAAAGGACAUUUCCAAGGAAGAAGAAACCGUUCAUGUCCUGCUGUAACUGUGGUCGAAGACAAUACCACUGGGCUGGGGGUUUUGAUGGCUUUUCUGGCGCGUUCCAUCGUCCUCCCGGAAGAUCAGCAGUUUCAGUUUUUAAACAUAACCACCCUCGUCCUUUCACGUGUAUGGGUCCUUCCAAUGGGGCUAUGUACAUAGUGGACCUCUUUUAUGGUGUGUCAUUUUCGUUUGCUUUAGAAGGUGAUAAAGCAAUAACUCAGCCAAUUUUCCUUGACAUUUGAUAUGUAUAUAUGUUUUUACGUUACAGAACAGGAGGAAAGAGGUGUGACUACUUUGCUUGAAGUAUCUGAUCAUCUCAGGUUAUCUUAUCCCUCUCCAGGCUUUUAAAAAAAAAAUUCUAAGUGUCACCCUUGUGUAUAGUUUCCAGGUUCCUUUUCAUCUGCGCUCUGAUUUCUGUGGCGUGCUCUUUGUCCCUUGACCUCAAGGGUCCAUGAACUGCAGCCCAAAGGGCAGUGCCUUUCCCACUCAAACACCAGACCCACCCUGAGAAUCUUUUUCUCCAGAGUCUGUUUUGAACACCACCUGGGCUGCUGGCACGGAAGAACCACGCCUCAGAGCACACGCACGAAUGAGGGAUUGUUGUGUUUCUUCUCACCUCUUCCUUCUGCCAACCCUCCCCCACCCACUCCACCUGACCAAGUGCUCUUUUUAGGUCCAAAUGCAGGAAGGGAGGGGCGUGCGGAAAGCCCUUCUCUGGAGGGGAGCCAGGCCAGGGAGUCUGGACAGAAGUGCUGGAUGCUAGGUGACAAAGCGUAAGGUUCGCCUGGCCUCUUUGUUUUUCCUUGCAAGCUCUUAAGUUCAUUCCCAGGAAUCUCCAAGACCUCUGGGGGCUCCGGACACUCCGUACUCUGUUCUUCUCUUUGGAAGUCCUCACUACCAGCCACCUCCACCUGUGAAGCCCCAGCAAACAUCCCAGAAAUGCUUGGCUGGCCACUUUCCAUGCCUGGAGUUGCCAUAAACUUUGUGCCAACUUUGCCUGGGAGUUGCCCAUUGGUGAGAAUGAUGCUUGGGCGCUUGAUGGGGCAGCCUGUGGUUGCUGAGGGGCCCUGGGGCUGAGUUUCCUAAUGGGUCCAUACACACGGCACUGGCUCCAUAUGGAAGUGGUGGACACAUGCACUCCCCCGCCCCCAACGUCUCCCCAAAAGAGGUGAACAUCCUUCUUGAUAAAUCCAUUCGCAAAUGGUGUCUCAUCUUCCCGGCUCCCCUUCAAGAGUCUCUAUGUGUCUGCCCGUCAUUCUCCCUCCCUUAUCUCCUUUUACCACCUCUUCCCUCUCUUGGGGGUCGGGGAGCAGGUGGGGAGCAAUCCUGUUUCUCCGGGUUUAGACAAAUGGCUGUGCUCUGGAGAGGGGUCGUGGGUCAGCACCGUGGACAAGGGCUGGAGGGCCCCGCCCCCAUCCCUCCCUGAAUCCCCUUGGCUGAGCGUUGGGCCCUGUCACCCUCCCAGCCUUGUGCCUCUGGAAGUCUCCUGCAUCUAUGUCUGGAGGGUUGGCCUUGCUUAACAAUAGUCUGCAUUCUCUUCCUUCCCUGAGGAGGAAGUGGUCUGUCCGUUCUCUGUAGCCCAUUUGGGGAUUCAGUUCUCCGGGAACUUAACUUCUUCAGUUGACCUGUUCUUUGGUUAAGGCCCAGUUCCUAUCUUAUGACAAUGUCAAUGUAGUGCUGUCCCGAUCCAUCAGUCCCCUUUCGGGACAGACGCUCCUCCUGUGUUCCUGACCCUGACUUCCUGUCUGGGCUGCUUUCGUCUUUGUCUUUCUGGAGGUGGGAAGGGCCCUUUGGUACCAUCUUAGGCAGUAGGACAUGACCUGUUCUGUUCCUGCACAUCUCUCGAUUCUCAGUUAGUCAUCUUUUAGCCCAAGUACACCCAAAAGGAAAGAAAACCACUUGAAAAUGAGAUUGACCUACCGCUCUUUUGCCUGACUUCCCACACCUGGACUGGAAAUAAAAAUUCAGUUAAUUGCUUGGUGAUUAGGACACACAGAACCUACCCCUUUAAACCGCCUUGAGCAAGCCGGGCACGUCCUCCUCCAUUCCUUCUGUGGUUUGCAGUGUCAUCUGUCCACCGCAGAGCAGACAACCACUGCGGGUCGGGGACAGCCCUCCUCAUGCAGGCUCCCCACGACCUCUGCCUCCACUGAGAUCAGAGCAGUGAGGUUAGAAGUGACCGAUGCUCAGAGCCUUUGCAGACAGCGGAGCCCACGGCGUAUUUCUCCUCUUUCUGAAGUGAGUGAGCUCUUGGGGGCUAAGCAAGGGGUUGUAUGUUAAUUUCUCAAGGGAGCCUGGAGUCGUCUUUGGAAAUCUGUCUCCUUUGAAACUAACUCAAUAUGCCUUAAUCAUCUGUAUGCAAUCAGGUCACCUGCCCUUCUCUAACUUAGCUUCCUCCUCCGGGCCUUUGGCGCUGCUUAAAUGAGAGUCUUACACAGAAAGCAAAUGCCUACGGAUGUACAAUCUCUCCCCUACCUCUCCAUCUCUCUCCCUGCCCCUCCUUUUCUCCCUCCCGCCCUCUUUCCCUCCCACCCUGUCUCUCCACACACACCCUUUGCACAACAGCAUUUUGACAGAUGGUCUUUGGAUAAGUCUGUAUAUUUUCCUCCUCUAGUAGGUCCCCUUCUUAUGGUCUCUUGCCUAAGGAAACAGAAGCCUUUGGCCUGUGAAAUUCAUGGUGAAGCCUCAAGAAUCAGUGUUGUGGAGAACUCCUCAGUGCCACCAGAGAAAUUCUGGUGCAGGAGGAAACUCACGGGGUUUGGGGUGUUGGGUGUGUUGAGUGGCGCUGGCCUGACAGCCUCAGGUUGUGUAGGAUUGGGGGGAGAGGACAAUCAGAUGGGGGGGGAGGGAUCUUUUCUAGGGGGACAAGCCAAGUCCUAUGUUUGGACAAAUGUGUUUUCUUUUGUGCAUCCCGGGAAGUGAGGCCAACGGGCUUUGCUAAGGAGCGAGAAUAGAAACAGGCAGAAGCCUGAGGUCCCGAGAACCUUCGAGGCUGUGCAAGGGAUUUAGAAAACCCCUCGGUGUGAUUGCCUGAAGGCAACCUCAGCUGCUCCCACCUGGUGCUGAUAGUGUUUUGUCCAUUUACGUUUGUACAUUUUCCAUCCCGAUGCCCCAGAUCACCCCAGGAGCUAGGGAAAAUUGCAAAGCUAAAACUCCACAGGUGUGCGGUCGAAUCACCUGCAAAACUAAGUGCUUUCUGAAAAGUGACUGGGGCCUGCAUGGAAGACCACCCAAGGAGAGGGCUCUCGAGCCCGCCUCUCCCUCACCGGUUUCAGCUUCUCUCCUCAGUCCCUGAGGUCCCACCCACGCAGCCCUCUCCAUCUAGGAGCCAGAUGACUGUUUGUUGCCUUUGUGUAAAGGAGCAUUUCGGUGUGAGCCUGAGGGGAGGUGGGGAAGCAGGAGCAAAGCUCUCUGCAGUGGGAAAUACCCUUCCCCCAACUGAAGGCCAGGGCAACAAGUCACUUCAGUAACGAAACCGGCUGUAGCUUCAGAUUGUGCCUUUCCUCCUUUAACACCAUGUGUUAAAAUGGGAAAGCAAAAGUCCCAUGGCCUUGUGAUGCCAUGGGGUGGGAGGUACAGUAUGCAGGUGGAGGGGGGCACCGGAAGGAGGCAGGACCCACUGGACACCCUGAAGGGGCCCACCUUGGUCUCCGUCCCCUUAGGGAGCGGCGCAUCCAGGCUCUGUUGACGAGCUACUAGGAGUCUCCCGGUGGGAAUUCUGGGCAAGCCGAGGUUCUGGGACUGUAGAGCCACGUUGAAAGCCAGGAGGAACAAGUCUCGGCCAGUCUGUAUCUCCUUUUGCCCCCACCACCCCCACUUCUAGAGAUUUCUUUCUUUUGUCUGGGUCGGUCCCUGCAGGGGGCGGGGCAGCAAGCCAGGUUCUGGGGAGUCAGCCUGAGGUUGCUGGCACGUGAACGCCUCAGCCUCUCUCGCUUUUCUGACAACCUCCAGUGACAUUCCACCUGCUCAAACAAACCAUGCCAUUGUCUAAAGAAGAGCGUGAGCUUUUUAAUGAUCUCAUUGCACACAGCCUUAUCGAUCCUGUACAUAAGGGGCUUACGAAAGUCAUAUGUGAUGUCAAACGGAAGGUUUUUUUGUACCGCGUUUCCUCAAUCGUUCCAAUAUCCUAGAAGUCACGCACUUCCAAGGUGACGUUGACCCUCAAAACGCCUCAGAAGAUGGUGGGGAAAUAUAUGUAAAUAUAUGAUAUAUUUUCCUAACCUGUCUGCUGGGUCCCAUCAUCAGAUCUUUGAGUCACUGUAGAGAAGGAACUCGAGUCCUGCGUGUAGGGACGUUGGGCCUCCUGCCUCCCGGUGUCCUUGCAGUUGCCUUAUGAAUUCACAAGCCCUAGGAGUUCUGAACAGAAGUCGGACAAGAAGCACUUUGUCCAAUCCCAGGAAGGACCUCUAAUCGUGUGACUGAGAAUUCAUCGAGAAAAACCUCUAUUUUUAAUGUUAAAACCAUGGGGCUCCCCGGACCUCACAGAGUAUUGGAUGUCGACAAGUGCUUUUAUAUUUUGUAACGGUAAAGAGGUUUCAUACGCACAUGCAGAGCAGUUGGGCAUCUGGUCAACUGCCUUCGAACAAGAUGACCCUCGCAUGUACAAAGAUGUUGCAUUCAGACUAUGAAAAUAGCAAAUAAAGCUUUGAUGCCAGUUGCA